ACGUAUAUAUUUAGGCUCGAAAUCGGGAAAAGUUUCACUAUUUGGAGUACAAGUGACACUCGAUUGGGCUAUACCUGAACAGAGAGCCGACAAACAGCUAAUGGAUAGAGUGACAGUUCUUUUCGUCCGUUACUUGGGAUCUGAAGCCACAGAGCAUGUGAUCAAAGAGUUCUUUUCGUUAAGAUAUCAAUUGGGUGUCCAAAGAGUGAAACGAAUCAAAAACUAUGCUUUCAUUCACUUCAACUACAGAUCUGAUGCAGAGAAGGCUUUCGAGUAUAUAUCAAGUGAG